AAGAUUCCUUUUUGAAUCGAGCAAAUUCUAUUUGGUCAACAAGUAGUCAUGGCUGUACAAAUCAUCUCCAAGACAAGUGCAGUCUGACCAGUGUCGGAAUCUUGUUGUAGGCACUAUGCUCGUAAAAGAAGCUAGCACUUCUUCCCCAAUCAACGUUUGUUCGAAAUACAAAACGCUACAUUGUUGACUGGUGCAAAGCUUCUCGAAAAUGGCCCAGUCCAACAUUUUGCCAUCGGCCUUAGCUGCAGCACGAUUCUGUGCAUCACGGAUACGAAGCACCUGUACAUCCCGCACGUUUAGUUCAACUAGGCUAGCCCUGGUUAGUCAGAAACCGGUUGCUGUACCAACUGCAGCCGAACUGGAUACGUUCGUUGGAAUGAAGUCGGAAUUUCCCUGCUUGCAAGGCACUGCUGGCCCAGAACCGACGUACAGCAGUCGUGGAACUGGCGCUGAAGUGUACCAUCACGACCAGCCAUUCAAGCUACGCUGGGGCGGCGUAUUGCCCGAGGUUAACAUCGCCUAUGAGACGUGGGGCACACUGAACGAGGAGAGGAACAACGUGAUCUGUAUCUUCUGCGGCGUGUCUCCAACGUCGCAUGCAAAGAGCAAUGAGAAAGACCCAAGUGAUGGCUGGUGGGAGGAAUUCAUUGGCCCCAAUCGUCCCCUGGACACAAAUCACUUCUUCAUCAUCUGCGCAAACAACCUGGGCAGCUGUUUUGGCACUACCGGGCCCUCGUCCACUAAUCCUCUCACCGGAGAGCCAUACGCUAUGUCAUUCCCGAUAAUCACUCUGCAAGACUGUGUGCGCGCUCAGUUCCUUCUCCUCGAUCAUCUGGGCAUCGGAAAGAUCUACGGUGCCGUGGGAGCAUCGGCUGGAGGCAUGCUGUCCAUAGCGGCCGGUGUCCUCUUCACGGACAGAGUCGAGAGGAUUGUGUCCAUUUCUGCUGGCCUGAAGUCUUUGCCAUCAGCCAUUGCCUUCCGUUUCAUGCAGCGCCAGUCACUAAUGGGAGAUCCCAACUGGAACUUAGGCAACUACUAUGGCAAGAAGUAUCCAGCACGCGGCAUGAAAUGGAACCGGAUGCUGGGCAUGCUGACGUAUCGCUGCGGACCCGAGUGGGAGAACCGCUUCGGCCUCAAGCGCGUCACUGACGAUAUGCCGAGCAUGUGCCCGGACUUUGAGAUCGAGAGUUACUUGGAUCAUCAGGGACACAAACUUGGAGGAAUAAUGGAUCCCAACUCCCAAAUGUACCUCUCCAAGGCUGUGGACCUUUUCCACAUUGCUGAUGGUCAAGACUCAUAUGAUGCGGCACUGGAGAAGAUCAAGUGCCCUGUGCUGGUUGUUGGCGUACAGACCGACAUUCUCAUUCCAGUCUCCCAACAGAAGCACAUGGCAAGUGAGCUUCGGCGCACAGGUAACACGAGCGUUACGUACUUUGAGAUAGACACGGAGUACGGGCACGACACAUUCCUGCUGGACCGCACCAACGUCGGCACCGCCAUGAAGGGAUUUCUCGAGCUCGGAAACCAGUUUUAGUCAGCGUACCUUGUCUUUUUGAGAGCUUCCAGUGUGUGUCUCUCCCCAGCAUCGGCAUUUAUCCAAUUCUGUAUUCCGAAAAUUUCUCAACUGAUAAUCGUUCAACCCAAAUUACUAGCAACAGUCACUGCUGCCUAGUUUAGACCUACAAUUAAUUUUCUCGUGGACGGCCCUCAUCUUGCCUUGAGAGCGGGUUUAUUCGCAAUACCUAGUUUGGUUGUAAAAAGCCUGUGUAUUUAUUUCACUGUCGACGAUUUCAGGUCACGGCCAUUGCAUCUUUUUAUUUUAUUUUUAAACUUCCGUGUUGUUUAUUUUCUGAGCACGCGGAGAGUCUGCGGCAUCAGCCACACUUUUUAUCCAUGCAUUAUUUUGCACUUCGAGCAGGCCCUAGGCUGCACUUGCUGAUUUAGUAUCGGGCCAGAUGCAUCUUGAGAAAUGGCAUUUGUGGCAUUUUAUUUAUACAAGCACUGUAGUUGCCUAUCAAUGCAUUGUGGGUUUGUUUACUGUCUUUCAGUAUUGUUCCCCCUGGACCUUGAUUACUGCCCUAGAGCUCAGCUGUAUUUUAUAAGCCUUUCGUGGCAGUACCGGACAUGGACAAGACCAGUGUCAUGGUACAGCCAAUAAACAAAUUCCUUGCUCUCACUCGUAUAGUAAGCAAAGCUCCUGCUAUCACUCACACACUCUGGGCACCACAGAA